AUGAAGCAGGGUCCUGCCUGGGCUCGCACUGCCUCACGCUCCAUGGCGCAGGCAGCUGCGGCUACCGAGCGCCCUCAACCCACGGCCCAGCCUCAUCCCGCCACCCGGGUGACCAUCGACGAGCUCUUUGAUGCCCGGGUUCAUCUUGGCCACAAGCGUGGCAUGUGGAACCCAAAGAUGGAGCCCUACAUCUACACCACCCUUGCCGACUCACACAUUAUUGACCUCAACGUGACCAAGGCGCAUCUUGAGCAUGCUCUAGAGCUGACCCGUCGUAUCUCGGCAGAUGGCGGUGUCGUGCUGUUUGUGGGUGGCCGCCCUCAAUUCGAGGGCCUUAUUCGUCACGAAGCGCGCCGUUGCGGAGAAUACUUUGUGACUCGCAAAUGGAUUGGUGGCACCCUCACCAACAACACGGAGGCACGCACUUCUCAUCGAUUGGUCCAUGGGGUUCAGACGCUGGGUGGCCUGCGUAUGCCCGACUUGAUCCUCUUCUUUUGUGUUCCCGUGAGCAAAGUCGGCGUCAAGGAGGCCCUUGACUGUGAUAUUCCCAGCGUCGGCAUUAUUGACACGGAUGGUGAUCCCGACGGUGUCACCUAUGUCGUACCCGGCAACGAUGACACCACGCAAGCCAUCGAGUUUUAUGUGCGCAAGUUUGCCGAUGCUGUCCUCGCCGGCAAGGAGGCCAUUUCCGAUGAACAGUGA